CGAUUAAAAUGAAAUAAGAAAAAAGAAAAGAAGGGAAAAACAAAAAGAGAGAGAGAGAGAGAGAGAGAGAGAGAAACAGAGGAACUAAAAACACUGGCAUUUCCGAACGAGUGAGAAGAAAAAGGCUGAAUAGAGACCGUACUGAGAAUCUGAUGAUCUGAUGCCAAAGGAGAAGCUGGACUCACAAACUUGUUGAGUGGGUUUUAUCCAACACUAAAGUGAAGUCAGUUGAAUGACUGGAUUUCUACUUCAGAAGCUACAUGUGAGUUACAGUGAUCAGCUUACUUUUUCAUUUUAGGAGAAUGGAAUCAAAGAAUUAUUUUUUUGUUGUUGUGGCUGAAUGAAUGGAAUCAAAAUACUUGCACAUGCUGAUGGGUAUGGCUUUUGCUUUGACAGAAAGGCUUCUGCAACUGUUUUGCAGGGAGCAAUAAUUCGCACCUUUGGUUCUUCCAGUUCAACUGCUGGAACAAGCAUUGGGGUUGCAGAUAGAAGUGCACUGAUGACAGUGAUGGCUGGACAGAAUGGAGAUAGCCGACGUUUGCCAGAUAUGAAACCAAAUCAUACUGAUGAACUGGAGAAAUCUAACACUUGGAUGCUGACUGAUUUCAAUAAACCGUCUCAGCUUCGUUCCCUUCGGCUUCCUGACUGCCUGAUGCCUGUAAGGAUUAGUAGGUUGACAUAUACAAAUUCAGGAGGUGCCAUUUUGGCAUUAGGAUUCAAUGCUGUGCACAAACUUUGGAAAUGGCAGGCAAAUGAGGGGAAGGCAACUUCUAGUGUGCCACCACAAUUGUGGCAACCUUCGAAUGGAGUAUUGAUGACAAACGAUAUGAAUCCUGAAGAUGCUAUUCCUUGCUUUGCUCUUUCAAAGAAUGAUUCUUAUCUUAUAUCAGCAUCUGGUGGAAAAAGUUCCCUUUAUAAUAUGAUGACAUUUGAGAGGAUGACAACAUUCAUGCCUCCACCACCUGCAGCAACAUUUGUUGCUUUCUACCCACAAGACAACAACAUUGUUGCCAUAGGCAUUGAUGAUUCUUCUAUUGAUAUUUACAAUGUCAGAUUUGAUGAGAUCAAAAGCAAGCUCAAAGGUCACCAGAAGAGAGUAACUGGCCUUGCCUUUUCUAACGUUCUAAAUAUUCUUGUAUCAUCCGGAGCUGAUGCUCAGCUGUGUGUAUGGAGCAUGGAUGAGUGGGAGAUUCCCUGGGAGAAGCAGGCUAGUAAAUUCUUGCAGAUUCCCCCUGGGCGUGUAUCAUCUCCUUGUGCACAGACCCGUGUUCAGUUUCACCAAGACCAGAUACAUGUGCUGGCUGUUCAUGAAACUCAAAUAGCCAUAUAUAAGGCACCAAAGUUGGAUUACCUUAAGCAGUGGGUUCCCCAAGAAUCAUGCGGUUCAGUUACAGAUGCUACAUAUUCAUGUGAUAGCCAGUCAAUAUAUGUAAGUGUUGAAGAUGGAAGCGUGUGGGUUCUUACUGCCACAAUGCUCCAACCGAGGUCUCGGAUUAGUCCUGAUGCAUAUUUUCCUUCUAAUCUCAGCUAUUGUUGGACAGCUCAAGGAUUUAUCCCAUUGUCAUUGCGGCUCAUCCGUCUCAACCUAAUCAGUUUGCACUUGGACUUACUAAUGGUGGAGUAUAUGUUAUUGAGCCUCCAGAAUCAAAGGGAAACUGGGGUGUGAUACUGCCUCUUGAAAAUGGUGCUGGGCCUAGCUUCAACCUUGCAGCUGAUUUGGAAUGAUUAUGCCAGGCUUUUACCACUGAUUUAUGCAUACCUCAUCUCAAUGAGUCCCUUUUUAUUCCAGGGGAAACAGCAAAUGUUUAGGUUUCUUAAGUCUGUUUAAUGCACAGCUAUAACAUUAGGCAGGUGAUUUAAGAUGGGCAAUUCUUCCAUACACAUUAAAGAGGUGGUACGCUAGUGUUAACAUAAUAGAAGAGAUAUAGGAGAGCAGUCAUUACUUAUUAGGGUUGAUGGAGAGAUAUUUCCUCUCAAAUGUAUUAAAAAUAGAUAUGUAAUCUAUCUUAAUUCUACAAAUUUUUUUCAUGUAGUGGAAGGUAUCUGCUUGAUCAUGAACAAUCCUUUGCAA